CGCCGACCCGGCCCGGCCCGGCCCGGCCCGACUUCCUGGCUGUGCUUCACUGGUGGGUGACUGAAUUUAGUCUUCUCUGCAUCACGGUGAUAGUAGUAAUGUGAACUUUAAUGAGCACCUGCAAAGCCGUGUAGCAGGGAAGGAACUGCCAUGCCCGUGGGACUCUUCCGGGUGUGCCUACUGGUGAUUACAGCUAUUGUCAACCACCCGCUCUUCUUCCCCAAGGAGAAUGGCACCGUCCCCGAGAACACAGAAGAAAUCAUCCAGAAGAUGAAGGAGCGGGAGGAGAGCCUGCGGCUGGAGCAGUUGCGCUUGGAGCAGGAAAUUGCAGACCAGGAAGCCACACAGAAGGCUCUGGAAAAGGCUGCAGUGGUAGUGGAGGAAAGCAAAGAGGAAAAGGUCCGAUGGGAUAUGUGGACUGCCCUCUCCAUGGUCAUCUUCCUGCUGAUAGAGCUCUGGAGGCAGGAUUUCCAGGAAGGGAAUUGGCAGGACAUAGGAGGAGAAGAGGAUGACAUGGCAGUCCUGGGGAAAGCAUUUAAAGGCGUGACCUUCCCCAACAAGGCUGUCCUGGCCAGCUUCUAUGAGAAGCGUAUCCUGGGUACCACUGGAGACAUGGCCAGGAUGCGGGAGAUGGUGGAAGGCUUUGCAGAUGACCUGCUGGAGGCCUUGAGGAGUGUUUGUAACCGGGAUGCUGACAUGGAAGUGGAAGAUUGCAUGGGUGUGGGGAGCAUGUAUGAGAACUGGAGAGUGCGCAAACCCUUCGUCUGUGAUCUGAUAGUGCCUUUUGCCCCCCCAGAGCCUUACUGCUUUCGCUGCCAGACCUGGUGCUCUGGUGACUCAUUUCCCCCAGAUGAACAAGGUUAUGGCACUAUCAAGGUGUGCAGGGCAGAUGAGGAUGUGACGGGUUGUAUCUGUGACAAGACUAAACUAGGGGAAGAUAUGCUGUGCCUCCUCCACAGCCAGGUCAGUAGUACCAGGCCCAGCAGUGAGAUGGAAGACCUCCUGUGCUUCAAAAAUACUCAAUAUCUGGAUGCUGACCAAGUCAUGAAGUGGUUCCAGAUUGCUGUCACCAAGGCCUGGAACAGAAUCUCCCACAAAUAUGAAUUUGACCUUUCCUUCAGCCUCCUGGACUCACCAGGAGCCCUGAAGAUAAAAUUUAAAUCAGGGAAAUCAAUUGCCUUCAACCUCACCCCUGUGGUGCAGUAUGAGAACUCUGACGUUUACUUCAUCUCCCACUUCCCUCGGAGCAGCCUGGCAGCAGACAUCCCCUCCAGCACCCACUGGUUUCUCACCUUCGCAGUGUAUGAGAGGAGGUUCAUCCAGCUGGUUUCCAAAACACUGCCUGCCAAUGCCUGCCACGUCAGCUGCCUUCAGAUCCUCUCCUUCCUCCAUGGGAAGCAGUGCAGCCUCACAGGUCCCAGCGGGCUCACCAACUACCACCUGAAGACAGUGCUGCUGCAUCUCCUGCAGGCACGUCCCAGUCAGGACUGGGCCCCAGAAAAGCUGGAGGCCCGCCUGCAGGACAUGCUGAAAUUCCUAGAGAAAUGUUUGCAUGAAAAGAAGCUUUAUCACUUCUUUAUUGGCAAUGGGAAUGUACCAGCAGAGCUAGGAUUCCCGAUUGUAUUUCAGAGGGCUGAGCCUCUCAACCUUUUCCGUCCCUUUGUGCUACGCAGAGACAUCUACAGGAAGAUGGUGGACACAUUCCACGAGAUGCUCAGGAACAUGUCUGCACUGAUCAAUGAGUACACAGUGCACAUUCCCCUUGCACACACCAAUGGGAUCCGUAAGGAACCCCUUUAAUCAAAGCCAAACUCUAAGCACAAGUCCAGAGGGCAACUUCCUGAAGCCUCCUGGAGACAACUGACUUUGCCAAUAAAGUUUCAUGUCUGGAGCUGAACCAGUCCUGGGCCAUGGUUCCUGCUCAAAGGACAAGGCUGUGGGAGAAGAAUAGGGAGAAACUGGAAGAUGUGGUGUUCAAGGAGGCUUGUGUUCCACUGCUGUGCUUGGUUUUAUGCAGCUAAGAAUAUAUUUUUUCUAUUGUGUCUCAGUCAUGCUACAGCAGUGGUGAGCAAUAUAAGUAAUUUAUUCAGAUGCCUGCAAAUGGGGGUGGGAGUGUGAUGGUGGCCAAAUACUUCAUUUCCUUCAGAAGGGGGAGAUAAGAACAGGGUGGGGGAAUCAGAGACAGGAUCUUGGGAUCAAAGGAGCCCAUCUGCUUACAGACAGCAGGAGCUCUUUCACCAAUGGGAAGUGCAACAUAAGUCUACAUGCUGGUAUGGAGAGGAGGAGGGUCAUGCACAAGAUCUGGACUGGAUGGAGAUCCUUAAAUAAAGCACAGCUUCAAAAGGGAGCUGUAACUAAAAAAAUUUUUUAAAAAGAAGAAAAAACCUUCUUGAUUGGAUUUGCAGCAGUAACUUAAAUGGCUUGUCCUGUCCUUCAAAAAUACCUCUGCACAUUUUUUCUCCUAUGGGAGAAUAUAGCAGAGCAGGGUCUAUGUCUUCAGACCAUUUCAUUUGAGUCUUCCAUGGCUGGUGGUUUAUAUUCCUGCCCAUUUUGUAUGGAUCAAUGAACAGGAAUCUUUUCUACCUUAGAUAAAAGAAACAUUAUUGGGUUCCGACAUUUUGGGUUGUUUGUUUGUUUUCCUUACCUUGGGGCACUAAGGCAUGAGAAUAGCCUAGAGAGAAAGGAAAAGCAGGGCUUGAACUAUACGAUCUUUGAAUGUCCCUUCCAGCCCAAACUAUUCUGAUUCUAUGACUGCUCUAAGUUUUGCUUUCAUAAAAGAAGCAGUUCUCCAAAUUUACCCUGUAAUGAAGCCAAUUUCAGAAGUCCAGUAGCAGGAGUGAACAAUCACCCUCCAAAUGAGUGUGACUCUGCACGUGAUUCUAAUUAGGCGAGGGCCAGCAGGGAGAAGGAAGAGAUGAAAAAGAUGCACAUGUAGUAGACUGGGGCAGUGCUGUCUGCAGCUGCCUUAUGAUCCAUGUUGCAUCCCUUCUGCUCCACAUAUGCAGGCAAAAACUACUUUAUACAUUCUCCUCAAUCUUGUUAAAGACUGCUGCUGUGAGGAGCUACACUAGUAGACUGUAAUUUGCUCAGCUGGGAGUGCAAAGGAGGAGAGCUGCUGCAGGCUUUCAGGCCAGGGAGAAUCUUGAGGCAUGUGCUAAAAAAACCCAAAACAAACAUUGCAGGAAUGGAAAUGCCUGAAAUCCCACAGGAAGCAUGUUAGUGCUGUGCCAGUGGGCUGCCCAGCUCCAGCAAGGUGGCUUUGCUGAAGGUGAGGAAUCAGGAGAUCCUCACUCUCCUGAGUGUGGGGUCCAAGCCAGGGCUCCAGUGCAUAAUUUCUUUAUGCUGGUCCCAGAAGCCUGGCCUACAGUGCUAAGGGGCCUUUCCUACCGUUUUCUCACACUAGGAUUUCCUGGAGUUUUACACUAGGGCUUCCCUUAAUCCUGUUUACAAGAUGAUGGUUGUUCUCUGAGGUAAGACCUGUCAGGGAUGCUUUUACCAUCACUCCAUAGUUCCCUUUUUAUCAAGCCUCUCUAUCACAUCAGAGAGAAGAUUCAACCCUGUAUCACUGCUGGGGACAGCAUACAGCAUAAAGCUUGUUAUCCAGCCUUAUCCACUUGAUAAGCAAACUCUCCAUAGACAUGUCCUCUCUUCCUUUUUCCUGGUGAAAACUGUUUCACCACCUCAUUGGUGUCUGCUCUUCUCUGUCCCACCACCAGUGAGGGACAUUUCACACAUAAAGGCAGAGAAAGCUGUAACUCCUGUCUCCACACCAGCUUUAUAAGAAAGCAUAGAUGGUGACAGAGCUAUGCUCAAAGUGCUGCCUCCCUUGGCUUUCAUUGGCAUAGGUAGUUAAGUAGAAUCUCUGAAAGUAAGGGGUAGGUAGGAAUAGGGGAGAAGAGGCUGGUGGGUAAUGCCAUAGGAAAAAGUCUGGGAUCAUCAGUGCUUGCUUCAGCAUCCUUGGUGAUGAGUGUUUGGGAGACUGCCAGGAGAGCAACAGGGCAGGACUAAUUGCUGACGCUAAGGAGUGCUGUAAAUCCCUGGCUUUCCUAGUACAGCCAAGAAGGCUUUCCCCAGAAGGAAAGAGAGCAGGAGCAAUCUCAGGGGCCAAGGCAAGCAGGUAGUGACAAGCAGAGGUACAGGGAGGGUGGGUCAGUACUGGAGCCUGGAGGCUACAUGAGAAGCUGUCUAAGUUGUUUGCAAACCCACAUGAUUUGCCAUUUUUACCUGCCCAGGUUUACUGAAAGUGCCUGUAGCAGAUCCAGCUUUACACGGACUGCUGGCGGGCAGGUCACGCUGGAGCAGUUGUGGUUGAAGCUGUUUCUAAAUGUGCUCCCAGCCCAGCCAGAGAGAAAUUAGAAUUUCUCUGCUGUUUCCUGUCAGGAGUCUAAAUUUAGACUGUCCAAAGAACAGAAAUUUGUGACCCAGGUCUCUCAGGAAAUGACAUUCAGAGUUGAAAAAUAACUUUUAUAUAAGGUUGAGCAGGGGGAGCAUGAGAAGAAAAGGCUGUUGAACAGAAUAAGGUAACUCCCCUAUUAAAAUGUCAGAACAAAGCUGUGCAACACCAAUUGCAACGGGCUUGUAAACGUGCCCAAACUCGUCUUUACACAGCCCCAAGCACCACUGCUCAGACUCAAAGGGAACCUGAACUGAUAAGUGGAUUGAAUCUUUUGUUCUUUGUUUUCUGUACUUGUAUGCCUGUUCUCUCUUACAUCCAAACUGACCUUAAAGUAUUCCCAUGGGGUUUAGCUGAGCAGAAACUGGAGCUGAAUCAAGUAAUUUAUGGAUUUGAUUCCACUGAAAACAAAUUGCUUGGCUUAGUUUUCCUACAUGCAAUAUGCUCAUUUUGCCCUGAGCACCUUUAAAGUGAUCUGGUCUGUGCACUUAGGCUGUGAGGGGACCCACUCAUACCUGCUGGGGGAAAUGUUGUCUGUGAUUAUAAGCUGUGCUCCAAUCAGCCUCAGAGUGCAGAUCUUCCUUGCAAACCAAAGGUACAGACACGUCCCAUCAGAGGAGAGGCUGGUACACUGUUUUUUGGGCCGCACCUCUGCCAUGGUAUAGGGAGGCCAUGAUGUGAAGCACAUCAUUCCGUGGACUUCCUUGUCUCUCCUGGAUCAAAUCUUUCCCCACCAAAUACCAGCCUAUUAGUAGAAGUGAGAUUUGUUGGUUUAAAGUGAAAAACAUUAUUUGAAAACCAAACUGCACAUGGCACCUGAGUAACAAACAUCUCUUUGGCAAUGCCUCUGUCUCUGUGAGACAUCCUAAGGAAAGGUAAAGAGCCUGUCCUCAACCCUCAAUACUGUUCUUGCCAUUUGCUAACCAGGUAAAUUCAACAGAUAAACUCCAAGUGCCUUCCACUGGUUUCCAAACACUCCCUGUGCCCUCAGCUUGUUUAAAUAUUUUAUUACAGGCUCUGUCAAAGCAAUGGAAUUAAUGGUGGGUUGAUAGGAACCACUGAUCUACAGCAUAGCCUCAGGAACCAUUUGCCUUUAGAAAAUGUCUUGGUCUAAGGUUAUUAUUGCUGUACAGGAGCUGAAUGUCUUCUAAGGGGAGGUGUUGGGUAUUCACUGUUAAGCAACCACAGAAAAAAGCUUCUCUCUCUCCAAGUUGCUCUGUAUACAGGUAUAUACAGGGAUACAAAGAUGUAGUUUAGCAAAAUGAUCCAAAAAUUUAUCUAGUGUUCAGGCAGCAGAAUUUGGUGUUUGUUCACCAGCCAUUUUUAAUGCAAAGUCUUUGCAGUGUUUUCUCUGUGGUGAAGAAAUGAGACUUUAGGCACCUGUAACAGCUUUGCUGCUCAGUGAGGGGUUGGCUCUCAUAGGACCCUACCUAGUAAACAGCUUUAUUUAUUAUCUUUUUUUUUAGAAUUGGGGGGGAGGGGGGGCAGUCUGUGUGUAACAUGUUAGCUCAGAAGCAAAACUAGUACAGAGAUGAAUCUUGGCAAUGUAGCCAGGAUGGGCAAUAACACCACAACUCUCCAGACUAAAGUCUUCCUUGGUUGACAAUGCUGUACUUAAACCGCUGCUUCUAUAGCAGGACACUGUUGAAUUUGUAUAGAUCUUCUCAUGCAGCUUUAUUUAUAAUAAAGGAAGUCUUGUACAAAAUCUAAA